AUGUCCGACUUUCCUCUUUCUUUUUUGUACAAUCUCCCUCCUCCGGACCGAGGCGUGUCCCUUGGUGACCAUCUGGCCCGGCAUGUGACGGAUUCGGGUCGCGUUCGGACCCUCAUCGACGCGUUGCCCUCAACGAGCGGUCCUGCGCUGUUGAGUCCUGACCUCAACCGGCCUCCGAUCACCCAUGCGGAAGCCAAACAUUUCAUUCAACGCUUUUCGAUGCCCUUCACUCGCAAGCAACUUGGUCCCAACGAUCGCGUCAUGAUGGGUAAGUGCAUGCGCGAAGGGUUUUGGGUGGCCGAGUGCUGUUGCUGAAACUGUGACAUGCCUUGAUAUUAUCCUACUAGCACUACCUACGGGUCCAGAGAACGCAUUGGCUCUGAUGUCAGUCGCCGCCUAUCACACUUGUGCGCCUGUGAAUGCCAGCUGCACCGCCGGCGAGCUUCGUGACGAUGCUGUCAGGUUGCGUGCCAAAGCUGUGGUCACCACGCGAGAUGCAGCAGAACGCUUGGAGGUGCAAGCCCUGUACGAGGAGGAAGGCAUGGAGAUCAUCUUUGUCGAGGGGCGUGGAAGUGGACCGUGCGGUCUCUUCGACAUGGCAUGUCUUGGUCAGGAAGCUGCUGCUAGUCGAGGUGGCCGAUCGCCGUCCAUGCCCCAUGGACUGGAGCACCAGUCACUGGUGCUACACACCUCGGGUACCAGCGGUAAGAAGAAGGUGGUACCCUACUCUCUGCGCCACCUGAUCGUUGGUACAUGCUGCGUCGUUUCGAGUUGGGAUCUUAGACCACACUCUGUCAACAGUAAGUGUGACUUUGUCAUACCCUUGCACCUUUGCAUCUGACACGUAGCUGUGUCUACCUCAGUGAACAUGAUGCCUCUCUUCCACGUCGGCGGUAUCGUCAGGAAUCUUUGGUCUCCAAUGUUCUCUGCUGGUAGUGCUAUCAUCUGCGCUGGCUUUGACGCCAACAUGUGGUGGACUGUAGCGAAGCAACUUGGUGCCACUUGGUAUUAUGCGGCUCCAACCAUGCAUCACUCUAUCCUGGCCUCAAAGCCGGAGGGCGUGAACGUCGCUAGGGAAGUGAAGAUCAAGAUGAUUGCGAAUGCUGCUGGUGGUCUGCUGCCAUCCCUUGCCGUCCAGUUGAAGGAGACCUUCGGUGGCUGCGCCGUGCUGCCCUCCUACGGCAUGACAGAAUGGUGCGUUGCGCUUUUCUAGCUUGCAGCGCCCUGGUCAGGAUAGCUGAUGUUCCUCUUCCUCCUCAUGCAGCAUGCCUAUUGCUUCGCCACCCACAAAUUAUCAGCUCGACCGUCCUGGAUGCUCAGGUGUUGCAUGCGGCCCAGAGCUUUCGAUCAGAGAUCCUUUCGAUAGGGAACGAGAACUGCCGGUCGGACAGACUGGAGCGGUAUCAGUGCGCGGACUUCCGACCUUCUCUGGAUACGAGACGUCGACCGACCCCUUUGAGCCUUUGGACACCUCUGCAUUCUCGAGCGAGGGCUGGUUCGACUCGGGUGACAUGGGUCACAUGGACAAGGAUGGAUAUCUCUUCAUCACCGGUCGCUCAAAGGAGAUCAUCAACAAGGGUGGUGAAGUCGUCUCGCCCUUUGAGGUUGAAGAAGCCAUUACGCAAGCAUGCAAAGAUCGUGUCAAGCAAACGCUCGCGUUCAGCAUCGAGCACACCGUCCUGCAAGAGACUAUCGGGGUGGUCAUCGUGCCUGUGCCAAAUCAGCCCCGCAUCGGUCUUGCAGAGUUGCAGAACUUACUGCGAUCACACUUACAUCCAUCUAAGUGGCCGUUCGCCAUCGUCUACAUGGACGACUUGCCGAAGAAUCAGGCCGGCAAACCUCUGCGUAUCAAGCUUGGCCAGCGACUUAGCAUUGGCCCCCUCUCCGACGAUGUGCCUCCUUUGAGGCGUCACUUCGAGGCUCGAGCACCGGGCAAGGAAGUUCCACUGUCCACCCCGAUUCCUUGCAAUCUCGUCAGCGUGGAUGUUCGGGCUGUUGAGCGCGCCUGCUACCGCAUCCCGGGCAUCGUAGAAGCUGCGGUUCGGCAACGAAAGGACGGUGCUCCCGAAGCGUUCAUUCAAGUCGAAGAGAAUGCCGAAUACGACGCGGCGGACAUCGACCGAGCUCUUGCGCAGGUCCUUCACGGAUACGUCGUACCCAACCCGCUGCACGUCUUCCGCCAGCCGCUCGCAAAGGUCAACGGCAGGAUCGACUUUGAGACUAUGGAGGAAGAGGUGCGGGCCCAGAACGCGUCAGCUAUGACGAGAACUGCGCUGGUGGUCCGCGACAUCAUCGCCAAGUUGCUCGACACCGAAUCUGGUACGAUCACGGCCGAAUCCGAUUUCUUCUUGCUCGGUGGAAACAGUCUUCUCCUGGGUCGACUAGUCCACUUGAUUCGCAAGGAAACAGGCGUCAGUUUGGAAGUGUCUACCUUGUUCAACAAUUCCACAGUCGAGGGUAUUGCUGCGCUCAUCGAGGACGAGACGGGCGGCGAUGAGGACGAUGACUACGGCGACAUGGACUACGCGGAUGAGAAGACCGGAGCUCAGGGCGCCUUCGCUUCCGCGCAUCGGUACGACGAUGAUGCUGCUGGCGACCUCGAUCCAGCAGUCACUGCUCACGGAUACAAGCCACGCAGCCAGACACACCCUUGGGUCGUGUUGAUACAGCUCAUGCCCAUUCUUUUCUUCUACCCAUUCAAAGCAGCCUGGACUUGGACAGUCAUUCUGCACGGCCUCGCCUUCUCCGCUUACUAUAUCCGCGACGACUUUUGGGAACGUGUUGGAGUGCUGCUCGCUUCCAUCGUUGUCGCCCGUUUCACGAGUCGUAUCAUCUGCCCAGUCACUGCCAUUGCCUUCAAGUGGCUCGUCAUUGGCAGGUACCGUCCCGGCAAGUAUCCGAUGUGGUGCAACUACCACCUUCGCUGGUGGCUCGUCAACCAAUCUUUGCGCACUGCCGGUAAAGGUCUCUUCGCAUUGACACCGGGCCUCACCAGGACUUACUUCAGGCUUCUCGGCAUGUCCAUCGGCUCUGACGUUCAGAUCGACAAAUUUGCGAAGAUUGCAGAGCACGACCUGAUCACCAUCCACGACGGAGCUCGAAUCGACAAGUCGCUUGUCCGAGCCUUUUGCGUGGAGCGCGAUGGCUACUUCCGUCUCGAACCAAUCAUCAUCGGACGCGACUGCGUCGUCAACACGUUCACUCAGAUCUCGCCCGGCGCUCGACUCGCAGACGGUACGGUGUGGGGUCCGCAAGCCUCUUCGCACGAAGAGCCCUCUUCCGACGCUUAUGCGGCUUACAAUAGGAACGCUGCCCCGAUGCCCCACUGGGCGCUAGUGUGGUUCAUUGGAACGCCGAUCCUGCUCAUUAUCAAGGUGAUCUGCUAUGUACCAUGGUUUGCAGCUCUCUUCAUGCUGUUGUCCCAACCUUUCGAGUUCAGCCACAACGACAGCGUCAAGGGUGUCAUCGCGUGGUUUGCAUACAAUCCGCGUAUCGGAUGGCACUACGUCGCGCGCAUCAUGCGCAACGUCAUGCCACCACUUAUUAAUCUCGUGCUUGGUGUGCUGGUCAAGCGAGUGCUUGGUCUCAACCGCGAGGGCUCCACGCGCAACGCUACCCAACUCACGCUCUUCCGUCGCUGGAUCAACGGACAACUUCUGUCGCAGCCUAACAUUCGACGUGCCAUGGCGAUUCUUGGUACUCACUACGAGAUGACUUCAGUUGUGUACCGUGCCAUGGGUGCUAAGGUCGGCAAGCGAGUAUACUGGCCAGGAAGCGGAAUCUACUGUCCCGACCCCGAGCUAUUGGAGAUUGGUGACGACGUCGUUUUCGGUUCACGAUCUGAAGUCUUCACUUCCGACUCCAUUGGCUGGGCCCGCGUUCGCGUUGGCCGAGGUGCAAUGAUUGCAGAUCGUGUUGUGCUGCUGCCAGGCACGACCAUCGGCAAGCAGUGUGUUAUGGGCUCUGGUGCGCUUGCCGUGCGCAACGGCCUGUACGAGGAGAACACGGUUUGGAUGGGCUCUAAGAACGGCGCGGCAGUCAGCUUCGGAAAGGCGGCCAAGGAGAACAAGGAGGGCAUGUCAGCUGGAGAUGACGACGAGACCAUCACUCCAUUCGGUCGAGCAUUCUACAAGCGCAAGGCCAACUUCUUCGUUUUCCCAUAUCUCAUGCUCGUUGCCAUCAACAUUGUCAUGGCUGUCUUCUCUUCAGCAUACUGGGCAAGCGCAGCCGUCGCUACCGUCGUCGCCCUCAACUUUGCUCGUCAGCACCUGGAAGUCGCCGCUGCCAAGAUUUUCGACGAUCACUGGUACCGUCCUGGAUUAGUGUACAUCUUUAUCGCCAUCUGUUUCGUCGUUGUUCUCAACAUCCAAAUGCUUCUCGCCUUUGCCUGGGUGGUCGGCACGAAGUGGGCCGUCAUCGGCAGAAGACGAGAGGGUCGCUACGACUGGGACAAGAGCAGCUACUGUCAACGCUGGCAGCUGCACCUCACGAUGCAGCGCCUACUGGGAAAAGGUUUCGGCGGCCACAUUCUCGGCAAUCUUUCGGGCACUGUCUUUGUCGUCUGGUACUUGCGCUCUCUCGGCGCGACGGUGGGCCGCAAUUGUGCUAUCUGGGCAGGUGGCAAGCCAAGCUUGCAACUGACCGAGCCCGAGCUGGUGACCAUGGGCGACCGCGUGUCGCUCGACGAUUGCUCAGUAGUUGCGCACAUCAACUCUCGAGGACGCUUCAGCCUGAACAAGCUGAGGAUUGGCGACGGAUGUGCUAUGCGCACUGGAUCGCGCCUCCUCUCUGGUGCAUCGAUGGAACCACGAUCGAUGCUGCUCGAGCACACUCUGGUUGCCAGUGGUGAAAUUGCGGAAGCCGGCGCGGUCUACGCAGGAUGGCCUGCCAGGCAAUUGAGGACAAGACGACCCAAGGCCACGGCUCUGGGAAAUACGUCUGCAAACAGCAGCAGCUUCAACGUGUCAGGAUCGGGCUUCAAAUAA